GUUCUAUCAUCAUGCCCUCUGCUGCCUGACUCGUUUGGAGCCACCACGGCCUCACUGCCCUGUUUCCUUUCUCAAUCUCUGCUGACGCUCUGCAUCCUUGUACUUCCUGUUUUCUGAGCAUGUCAUGAGUCAAUUCUUGUCGCGCGCGUCCCUUGAGAAGAGUGUGUGAAUUGAGACCGUUUAGAGUGCAGUUCGAGUCCAUCAUGUCUAAGCUGUUCGUUGGAGGCCUUGCCUGGCAUACCGAUGAUGCGACUUUGCGCGAGAAGUUCGAGGAGUUUGGCCAGGUCGAGGAGGCCGUCGUCGUGAAGGAUCGCGAUACCGGGCGCAGCCGUGGCUUCGGUUUUGUACGCUUCUCUCAGGAUUCCGAGGCAGAUGCUGCCAUGCAAUCAAUGAACAAUGUCGAUUUCGAUGGACGCUCGAUCCGCGUUGACAAGGCUUCGGACCGUGCCAGUGGAGGAGGUGGUGGAGGGGGCGGAGGAGGCUUCGGCGGUGGACGUGGCGGUGGUGGUUACGGAUAUCAAUCUCGUGGAGGCUAUCAAGGCGGCGGCGGUGGCGGUGGUGGCGGCUACCAGAGCCGAGGAGGCUACAGUGGUGGUGGCGGCGGUGGUGCUGGCAACUGGGGCUCUCAACAGCAGGGCUCAUAUCCACCCCGAGGUGGCUACGGCCAAGGAGGCUAUGGGGGCGGACAGGAGCAAGGAGGGCAGGGUGGGGGCCAACAAUGGUAGAGGCCUCGCACGAGACCCAAUCGACAUACCUCACCUCUCUUUACUUUCCUGUUUGUUUUCUUGACGGUCAUUACUGGAACGAAAUUGCGAUGGAACACCCCAAAUGGAUGGAUUUGCUUAUGGCCUCGAUCAUCUUGGAGGAUGUGUGGCUUCCUCUGCUUUAAUGGGCUGGCGCUGGCGAGUCAAUGAGCUUCUGCAAUUCCUCCCAUGUCUCUAGGGCAGGAUGGGUUAAAGAUUGCGAGUUGGGCUGGUAACUUUGAUCAGAUGAGAUGAUUAAUACCCAUAGUCAAAUCAGAACCUGCUGCUGUCUGCUUCUUGCACUA